AUGGAUACCGGCGACAAAGAUUGGGCAACGAAAUACCUUCUCGACCCGUUGAAUGCGCCCGAACCCUCCCAAGAAGAUGGUCCUGGCAACAGUUUCCGAGCCGGCGCCACGCUUCCCCCCGUUAAGGCUCCCCAAAAGCCACAGCUAGGAAGACGCCUGUCCAAGACGAACCCGUAUCGCAAGAGCUCGCUUUCCAACACGACAACCACGGAGGUGAAGCGGUCCGCAUCUCUGAACAGCGGCACCCACGGCUCCCCCGUGACCAGUUCUGGCAGGGGAGCGGCAGCAGGAGGGCCAUAUCCGCCACAGUCCUAUCCCUCGCCUCCCCACUCCGCAAGGUCUCCAACCAGCGCCGGAGCCGGCGCGGGCAAGAACUCCCCAACCGUAACACACACUCCGCUGAGCCCUCAAUCGCUACGUUCCCCAUCCCAACCCCACAGGCAGGAAGCAUUCGGGGCCGGUGACAAUGCAUCGACCCCAACCGGCCGUCGCCGGCGGGGUUCAUCCCUCUCCGAGCGCUACCCGGGCGACAUGUCGCACCGGCCACUAGACGCCCUGGUCAAGGAGAAGCACGUGGCCGACCGGGCCCGGCACGCGACGCGCAAGCACCGCAUCCAGCCGGACACGAUCGACAACCUCGACCUCACGGGCGGCGGGGGCGCAUACCACCACGGCGGGCCGUACGACGCCACGCUGUUCGCGCGCAACAACUCGACGAACUCGCCCAUCGCCGCGCUGGCGGACUCCAAUGCCGAAGCCCUCAAAGCCACGCCCAAGGAGAAGAUCAUCGACUCGGUCCGCGGCCACAGGCCUCUCGAUGGCGUCGCGGCCUUUGCGCCCGGCAACGUCGACCGCAACGGCCACGUCUACAACUACGAGGAGGGCGACAACAUGAUGAUCGAGGGCGGGCCCGAGGGCGGCGCCUACAAGCGCUGGCCCGGCGUGCAGUACCAGCCGGAUGACAUCAAGGGCAAGGGCGAGCCGAGUUACAGCUUGGAGAAAGCCCUCAAGGAGCAUAAGAUCUCGUCCCACGAAGCCGGCAAGGCGACGACCAAUGGCACGGACGGCAUCGAGAUGAAGACCCGCCAUCGGAGUUCCAGCGCUGUGAUGCCCGAUACGGUCGACCGCUCCGGCUGGGAUGAUGGCGAUACGGGCACGGGCACGGGACUUGGCCGGAGCGGAAGUCUCAGCAAGAGACUUAGUGGUGGGCUGAAGAAGAGGUUCGGAAGCAUCAAGAGGAGCCACCAUCGUGACGAGUGA